CAAAUAACAAGUCCUUAUUUAUUUGAUUUAGAUUGAAGUCCUCCAAGACUACUGUCCGAAACUUUCCGCCACUGGACAUACGACAGUCAACUUCGCACAUUUGAUCGGAAUCAGUGCCUUAGGCACGUACUUCGUUAUGUCGAAGUUGAUGCACUCCGAUAAGCUGACUCCAUACUUUCUGGGACUUAUGUCAAACAUUAGCAAAGCAGAGUUUGCUGAGGACAAGGAUAAUCGAGGCCAGUCAAGUACUGAUCUUCGGAACGUUGUUUAUCAGUCACGGCCGUUUUGGCUGAAUUCGUUCUUGCAAUUCGUUUUCGUUAGUCCAUUAACUGCAGCCUCAGCGGAAAAGAGUAAAUUUUUCCGACGACCUCAGUGCGCGUUCGAACUACUGGGAGGUGUUUAUUUUUUCGCUGCCUUUACGAACAUUUCAGACGACACUUUUUCAGACGUAUGUUAUUCUGCCGACACUCUACUGCUGAACGAAGCGGAGUAUCCUGAGCUAUGCGAAAUGGUGAUGAACAUACUUGAUCGUGACGUUUUGACGCGUUUGGACGAUCACUGUACUGACGUGUUUACGGCUGGUACUAUUGUGAACUUCCGUUAUCAGAUUAUCAGCGAAAUUUUGACCCUGUCUCUGAUAUCUUUGUUGAAGGACUGCAUUCAGCAUAUAGCUAAUGUACACGGAUUGUCGAAUCUCGGUCGUAUCAUACCUGAAAACCUGCUCAAAAACUUGUCAGCCAAAUCUUCGAAUCGUCGCAACAGUGAUGAAGCGUCACAGAAUUUAUCCACCACAUCUACGUCGCAUUACAAGUUUGGCAGCCAUAAGGUGCUAAUCCUCAACUUGUCGUUGGCCAUCGAGCUUUAUGCGCUGAGCGUUGUCGACGAGCAAGACGCUGACAACGUUUGUAGUCAUAUUGUUGAUCGGAUAAACCAUGCACACAGUUACAGAGUUUUGUCGCAUCGAUGGAUGUUGGCUGUAGUCACGCUGGACGCACUUGGAAGUCUGGUCGAAAGGUUUCCGGUGAUCGCUGCCACGACUGUCAUUCCUUUUCUGACGAAUUUUCUCGUCUCUCCGUCACAGAUCUUUCUCAAGUUUCCAACUGUUCCUCUAAGAAAGCGGAGCGUCCGUAUGGAGUCUGAAACGUUUCCUGAAGGCAAAGAGUUGAUGGUCAGUGAGAUGUCCCGGAACUCCAUUGCAAACGACCGAAUACAGUCUAGGAGUGCCCUGAAGGCUGGGAUCACAUUGGAUUCAGAAUGUGUCAACGCUUGCUUGGCGACCAUCUCUACUCGACUGUACAUCGCACAGAACAACGAGCCGUAA